AUGGCUGAAGCCACAGGUCUCACUGUCGAUCAGGUGCGGUUCAGGAGGAGGAAGCCCGAGUAUCAGAGAUAUCUUGAACUCGCCCGGAAGCAACUCCGGGCCUCUGGUACUCGGAUUUUACCAUCAAAAUCUUCUUUCCCUACCGCAUCUACAAGCAAAUCCUUCGCGGUCUGCCAGACGUCCGUACUCGAAGGAAAGGGUACUUCAAAACAACCAAACUCCUGCGAAAACGAGCCUCUUUCGCAGGACAUCGAGUCUCCUUUGCUUCCGAUGGUAUCGGCAAGGCAGAAGCGGAUGAGGGAGAGUUGCUGA